UAUUAUUGUUGACAGGAAUAGUUCAAAAUGGCUACCAGUGAAUUGAAUCAGUUUCUUGAAACUGUUGAUCAGAAGGUCCUGGAGUGUGCUAUUUGCAUGAAGAGACUUCAAAAUCCUAAAUCCCUCAACUGCUUACAUAGUUACUGUCUGGCAUGUCUGGAAGACUGGGUUAAGGCGAAGGGUAAGUUGACAUGUCCAACCUGCUCAAGUUCAUAUGCCAUUCCCGAGGGCGGACUUAAGAAGCUUCCACCAAAUACAUUUGUGAAUAACUUAUUGGAAACUAUUGAACACAUUUCCAAAAGAGAUCAGAUGAAAUGUGUUUGUGCUAAAGGGCAGGCAAAAUACUACUGCCAGGAAUGCAGACAUUACUUGUGCUCUUCUUGCAGUGACCAUCACAAAAUAUUUCCUAUGUUAGCAAAUCACAAGCUGCAUACAGUGGAGGAUGUGCGAUCUAUGACUCCACAAGACUUUGCUGCGUUACAUCCACCGUUGUGUUCGGUUCAUAACAAACCUUUUGAGUUUUACUGCGCAGAUUGUAAAACUCCAAUCUGUAUAAAUUGUACAGUUAUGGAUCACAAGGAGCAGGAAGGAAAACACAAACCAAUUAAUAUUUCAAAAGCAUUCCAAUCAUUUAAAGAAACGUCUAAAAAAUUGGAGGAAGCUGCUUAUAAAUGUGAAAACCAAUUGCAAGAUGGGUUAAAGGCUGUUAUUGAAUAUGCUACGAACUUAGAAAAAAGUAAAGAUACAAGUUUGAGAGAUAUUGAUAAUCAUGUGCAAGUAAUGGUCAAGAAAAUGAAGGAGAGUGGAGACAAAAUGAAAAAUGAGGUAGAGACAAUCUACAAAGAGAAAAAGAAGGCAGUUGAUGUACAAAUUAGUGAAUUGAAUACAACAAUAUCUGAUUUAAAUAAAAAAAUUAGUUUGCUUAAUCAUUUAUCGAAGAGUGAUGAAGCAACAGCACUGCAAUCAAGUGAAACAGUAAUUACAGCACUGAAUGACAGAAUAAAAAAACUGCCAAAAACAAAGCCAAGUGAUAACAGACAAAUUAUAUUCCAAAUAAAUGAGCAUCAAAUUGCUUCUUUACAACAAUGCAAUAUUGGAAAUGUUACACUUGUGAGGGCAGCAGACUGUUUACAGUUACAAGGAAUGAAAUCUGUAACCCAAGGUCAAACAAUUGUUGUCAAAAUAAUAAAAACAGAUGAAUGUGAAAUACAGGCAAAUCAACUAAAGGCAACAUGGACACAGCCUACAGGAGAAACCUCCAACACUCAAGUUGAUGAAGAUGACAAUGGAGAUUAUUUUGUGACAGGUAAAUGUACAAGUCCAGGUAUUUGCAAACUAGAUGUGACUGCUGAUUGUGAACAAAUUAAGCAGUCACCAAUGGUAAUCGAGGUAGAGAAGGAAGGAAUAGUAAAAACCAUUAAAAUAAACAAAUAUGUUAAAGAUAUAGUUAAGUGUGAAGAUGAUUGCUUACUGGUAUCAUGUAAAACAAAUACAAUGCUGAAGUACAAGCAAUCAGGAGAAUGUAUUGGUAAUGUUACACUACCAGCAGGUGUGAAAGUUUGCAAUAUGUACAAAAUGAAAAAUGGUAACAUAGCAUUCAAUAACUGGGGAAACAAUUGCAUCACAAUAUGUAAUAUGAAUAGCCAAGUGAUAAAAUUAAUUAAUAAUGUGGAAUUGAAUAAACCAUUUGGUAUUCAUGUGGAUGAGGCAUCAAAUAUUUUGUAUGUAGGAUUUGGGUCAGAGGUGUUGCUAUUCAACAUUGACAGCGGACAGAAGAUCAGGAGCAUAUGGACUGAUGACGAUCAAGAAGGACAAAUCAGUGGAGUUAGUGAUUUUUCUCUUACUAAUCACAGAAAUAUUAUUAUAUUGGAUUUUUACAACAACAGAGUACAACUAUUUGAUAAUGAGGGACGGUUCAUGAAAGUCCUUGUCAAAGCAGGUGAUGAAGAUGGAAAGGUGAUGAAACCAUGGGGAGUAGUAGUUGAUCAGGAUGACAACAUUAUCAUAUCAAGUGAACACAAAAUACAGCUGUUCAGUAGUGAUGGAAAUUUCAUUAAAAGAAUUGAUAAACAAGAAGAUGGAAUUAAAACUCCACUUGGAUUAUCAAUCAUUUCAUAUUAUCCACGAAGAGUUGCAGUAGCAAACCGAGGUGAUAAAACAAUAAAAAUAUUUAAUUAUUAAAAUAUAAUAUGUUGCCCUCACUUGUUUUGUUGUGUUGAUGUCAAGGGGUGCACUUGAUGUAUUCUGCCCCUCUAAAAUCAAUAAAUAUACAAUUUCAUAUUCUAAUGUCAUUGUAUUGUAAUUGACAAAGAAUUUGUAACAAUACCUGUUUAUCUUUUUAUGUUAUCAUGCAUGUUUUUUACAUUUUGUACUGUGUACAAGACAAUUUUCAAUGUUACCUUAAUAGUGUAUGAUUGAUGAUAAAAUUAAAUUUUGACUUUGACAAUAGAAUACAAGAAUUUAUAAGGAUAAUGUUCAAUGAAAAUGAAUGAAAAAACUACAUAAAUGUAAUUAAAACAACAGAUCUUGUAUACUGUACUGCUUAAUGAAUUUAUUUUAUAUUGUCUUUAAUAAACAAACAGCCUAUUUCUAAAUCACUGGGGUUUCUGCAGAUGAUGUGAUGCACCUAGCAGUAGUUUUAGCCUAGCCAAUAGAUAUUGAAUUACAAUAUGGCUGUUUCCGCGAUAUAGCACUACCAAAUUACACUGAAGUCUCACCCCUCUCUUAAUAUCCUUAUUUUAAGACAGUUUUAAGUUUCCUUUUUUACACUAUAAAUAUAUGUAGAUAAAUUAAGUUUUCUCAUCAUGAUUCUUAAGAAUGAUCAAAUAGAUUGAAACCUUGAAUCUUCAAAAUGUCUCUCUUUUUUCAGAGUUACUGUAUUUGUAUUUUUUUCUAUUGAAGUACUGUAUUUUCUCAUAAUAUCGUUAUUAAUCUGAAAUUUACUAUAAUCAUAUGUAUUUUAAUUUGUAGUCUUACCUUUUAUUAUGAGUGGUGACCCUGCUAAGACUGUAUCAGUCAACUGAUAUAACAGCAACUAGAAUUCAUUAUACGCGACUAUCCACUAUUAAGGAAACUACGUUAAGACCUGUGUAGCUCCACUGAUUAUGGAGUCACACGAAUGAAUGAACGAACAAACUUUAUUAGGAGAUAAUAAUUUAAUUUAAUUUCAUUAAUAUUUGUCUACCUAUGUAAUGGACAAAUUAUAUUUAUUUUACUGUAUUUAUUUUUACUGUUGAAUAAUUUUUAAGUCGAUCUUAUUUUACAUGCUAAAUUGUUGUGUAAUCUGUAAGUCGAACAAUAUUUCAAUGGCAUUUCGAAAUCGACUUUGGCAAGUUCAACUGUAUCUGUAUUAAAUUAAUAACAAUUAGAUUGAUAAGCUUUUGAGCUGUGUUCAACAAUCCAAGCCAAAUUUAGUAAUUGUUAAAUCUGUUGCUUGUUUUGUGACCUUUCCCAUGUUAUGUAAUAGAUGCUUGUUUACAGCCGGUCAUGUGACUUAACUUGGGUAUACAUGAAAAACAUUAUAGUGUGAUAGUAUAGGAAAGAUAAUGUUAUGGUUGCGAAAACAACCACCCACUGUAAAGUUGAGAAAUAAAUGGAUAGGAAAGUCAGUACAAUUGUUCUGCCUUUUAUUUACUUAUCCUAGCGUUCUCAAA